AUGGACAUCCAGACGGGUCAGGUGGUGCGCCCUGUCGGCGCCAUGGAGAGUCUGGAGGCGCAGCUCAGCUGCCCGAUCUGCCUCGAGAUGUUCACCAAGCCGGUGGUGAUCCUGCCCUGCCAGCACAACCUGUGCCGCGGCUGCGCCAAUGACCUCUACGAGUCCAAGAACCCCUACCACUACUCCGGGGGGACCUUCCGCUGCCCCACCUGCCGCUUUGAGGUGGUCCUGGACCGGCACGGGGUCUACGGGCUGCAGAGGAACCUGCUGGUGGAGAACAUCAUUGACAUCUACAAGCAGCAGCAGGAGAGCCGGGGGGGCGACCCCGAGGACCCUCCCCUGAAGGACAAAGACGCCAAAGAGCUGAAGUGUAAGGAGCACGAGGACGAACACAUCAACAUCUACUGCGUCACCUGCCAGACGCCCACCUGCUCCAUGUGCAAGGUGUUCGGACAGCACAAAGACUGCGAGGUGUCGCCGCUGCACGCCGUCUACCAGAGCCAGAAGAACGAGCUGCGCUCGGCCGUGGAGUUGCUCGCCACGGGAAACAGCUGCGUCCAGACCAUCAUGGCGCAGAUGGACGACACGUGUAAGCUGAUCCAGGAGAACGGAGAGCUGAAGAAGAGGCGGCUGGGCGAGAGCUUCGACCUGCUGUACGCCAUCCUGGAGGAACGUAAAGGCCAGCUCCUGGAGCAGAUCUCCCAGGUGGAGCAGCAGAAGGUGUCCACGCUCAGGAGCCUGGCAGACCAGUACAAGCAGCAGCUGCAGCUCAGCAACCAGCUGCAGGAGAAGGUCUCGCAGAGCCUGCAUUCCUGCAGCGCCGCUGAGUUCCUACUCGCCGCCAAGCAGCUGCAGAAGGAGGUCCAGCAGGCGGCCCGGGCGGCCCAGCUGCAGAGACCCGAGCCGGGCUACGAGAGCAUGGAGCACCUGAGCCUGGACACCCAGGAGGCCGAGGCACUGCUCGCUCGCAUGGACUUCAGACAGGGGGGCGAAGAGGAAGACCAGGACUCCGAAAGAGAGGAACCACAGUAA